GCUGAAAGGCAAAAGCUUAUAAGAAGUUACUGGACUUUUCAGGAGAAGCUCAAGCAGCAGAAAAAAGCUAUUAGGAAUAGGAGAAUACGAUGAAUCUCCUGAUGUUCCUGAUGUUUGCCUUGCUGCUGACAGUCCCCUGCUGUUGUGAAGGAGCUUCAUCCAACGCUUUGGAUGAAGGAAUUAAAAUUGAUCAGGAAAAAGCAAACACCUUUAUUAGAAGACAGAAGAGGGCUUACCCAUAUUCUGAAAGGUACUAUGAAAUGUUCAAGUCCCCGAUGGAGAUGAGGCAAGAACAGUGUGAGCAUUACGCACCCUGUAACUACUACUCUGAAAUAGUGGGAUUUCCUACAGCAUAUCGCCAUUACUUUGGAAGCAUCUGAAUAUAGUCAUUUCUCAUCCAACUGUGACAUCUCCAAGGACAAAGAGUGACUGGUGCGGGGCAGCUUAAGAAAAACAAAAAUAGCAUCUUGUUUCUAUUUCACUAACAAGACUUUAACAGCAACAUAUUCGCUUUAAAGUUAAGAAAUAAGUACUUUCUACUUUCUGAGGACCAAGUAAGUACUAACACUGCUAGCAAUUCUAUAAAUUCCAGUAUUUCUUGAAACACGAGUGACAUUUCUUGGAAA